AUGGUGGACAAGGCAUGGGUUCACCUAUGCAGAGCGGAUCCUGCAUAUGAGAUUGGUGCUAGGAAUUUUGUGAACUCAGUUGCCUCUGCCUUAGGAGAUUGUGAUUUGGUUAUAUGCCUGUGCAUUGAUUGUCGAAACGUAGACCGUCAUUCUAAAAAUGAUGUAGUGGAUCACCUGGUCACAAGAGGAAUGGAUGAGACGUACAAGCUAAGGACUGAUUGGUAUCAUCAUGGGGAAGUAAACUGUGGGUCUGACGAAGCAAGGAAAGUGAUUAGAGAGUGGAACGAGGAGAUUGUAGGGUUGUAUCAAGCUGCCGAAUACUUGGAUGAAGAGUUAGCUAACAAGACUGACUUAUGCGAUGUUGCUGAAGGUUUAGAUAAGAGAGAAGACGAGUUUCUAGCUAAACUUGGUGAUGCCGAAACGCCAUUGUAUCCAAGUUGUGCCAGCCAUAGCAAGCUAUCAGCAAUUGUAUCGUUGUUUAGGCUGAAGACUCAGAAUGGGUGGUCGGACAAGAGCUUCAACGAGCUGUUAGAGACACUGCCGAGUAUGUUGCCGGAGGAUAAUGUGCUUCACACCUCGUUGUAUGACGUGAAGAAGUUCAUCAAGUCUUUCCAUAUGGGGUACGAGAAGAUCCAUGCUUGUGUUAAUGAUUGUUGUCUUUUCAGAAAGAGGUUGAAGAAGUUAGACAACUGUCUCAAGUGCAAGACAUCAAGAUGGAAGACUAACUUCCAAACCGGUGAACUUAAAAAAGGUGUCCCUCAGAAAGUUUUGAGGUACUUUCCCAUCAUUCCGAGGCUAAAGAGGAUGUUUAGGUCAGAGCAAACUGCUAAAGAGCUACGGUGGCAUUUUACUAACAAAAUUAAUGAUGGAAAGCUGCGUCAUCCCGUAGACUACGUAACAUGGGACCAGAUGAAUUCCAAGUACCCGUUGUUUGCCGCAGAAUCAAGGAACAUUCGGCUAGGUCUAUCUACCGACGGUUUCAAUCCAUUCAGCAUGAAAAAUACAAGGUAUUCUUGUUGGCCUGUAUUGUUGGUGAAUUAUAAUAUGGCUCCUGACUUGUGUAUGAAGAAGGAGAAUAUCAUGCUUUCCUUGUUGAUUCCUGGACCGUAUCAACCUGGCAACAGUAUAGAUGUGUACCUGGAGCCACUGAUCGAUGACCUCCAACAAUUGUGGGACAUUGGAGAGCAAACGUAUGAUGCAUUCAGUAAAACCACAUUCACAAUGAAGGCAAUGCUAUUGUGGACUAUUAGUGACCUACCUGCAUAUGGAAAUCUGGCUGGCUGCAGAGUAAAAGGUAUGAUGGGAUGUCCAUUAUAUGGAAAGCAUACUGAUAGUUUAUGGUUAACUAAUAGCAGGAAGCAUGUUUACAUGUGUCAUAGAAAGGGAUUAUCACCCACGCAUAGUUACCGUGGGAAGAAGGCAUGGUUCGAUGGAAAAGUUGAAUAUGGAAGGAAGGGUAGGAUUCUAACGGGUCAUAACAUAUCUGUGUUGCUGAAGAAUUACAAAAACGAGUUUGAAAAUGUUAGACAAACUGGAAGGAAAAGAAAAAGGGUUAUUCCUGCGGAGUCAUUAACUGAUAGUGAAGACGAAGAAUCCGAGUCAUUAUUGAAAAUUGGAGGAAGAUUGGCAAGGUUCGAAUUAGAUGAGGAGUAUCACAAGAUGGCUGUCAUCAAGCAAAUGAGUUAUAUAUGGAGGGCCUCUAAGUUGAGGCUAGAACUAAGUGACACAUAUAAAGAAAGAAGGCGAAACCAGAUUCCUCAUACUUGCUGUCGAAAGGGGAUGGUCAGAUUGGCUGAAGAGAUGGUAUGGGUUAAGUCUCGAACCAAGAAGGAUGGCACUGCGGUCAAUACAAAUGCAGCCGAGAAGAUUAAAAAGGCAGCUGAACUUGUUGAAACGGUUUCUUCCUCUUCGACGUCCACAAAUCCCAAAGAAGAUCUCCUUUCUCAGCUACUUGGGCCUGAUAAUCCCGGCCGUUUGAGAGCGAUGGGUAGAGGGAUGAGUCAAACCAAGUUAGCAUGCUUCCAGAUGAAAAGCAAGUUUAUGGAUGAAACGAGACCAACUAAGAUUGAUUCAACAGGUCCAUGA